CUCCGCCACAUUUCUGUGCCAAAUGAAUUUCCGCGGUGAUUUGAACGACUGUAACAAGUCACUGAACAGUUAAUGAAAAGUAAAAGUAGACCAUGCGCUCUCGCUGUGUGUGUGUAUGUGUGUUAACGGCAUGCUAGCUGUAGCCUUCAGGCUAGCAUCUGACCGUGGACAAAAAAAAACUUUUAACCAGUACUCGCAAUGCAAGCACGGAAGAAGAGGACAAAGCCCAGGAAACCUGGCAAAAGACCAGAGCCUCAUGGUCGUGGAGGCGGCUCUCAGCCGGGCCAGGCAGACUCUCCACUCCCAGAGCAGGACGAGGAGAUCCUGGGCUCUGAUGACGACGAGCAGGAGGACCCCAAUGACUACUGCAGGGGUGGAUAUCACCAUGUGAAGAUCGGAGAUCUGUUCAACGGGCGAUACCACGUGAUCCGUAAGCUGGGCUGGGGGCACUUCUCCACUGUGUGGUUGGCCUGGGACAUCCAGGAGAAGCGCUUUGUGGCCAUGAAGGUUGUAAAAAGUGCUGAACAUUACACCGAGACAGCUCUGGAUGAGAUCAAGCUGCUCAAAUCUGUGAGAAACACAGAUCCCAGCGACCCCAGCAGAGAGAAAGUGGUUCAGCUUCUAGACGACUUCAAAAUUUCCGGCAUGAAUGGAACUCAUGUGUGCAUGGUAUUUGAGGUGCUAGGAUAUCACCUACUGAAGUGGAUCAUCAAAUCGAAUUAUCAAGGCCUGCCCCUACCCUGUGUUAAAAGCAUUAUACGACAGGUUCUGCAGGGUUUAGACUACCUCCACACCAAGUGUAAGAUCAUCCACACAGACAUCAAACCAGAGAACAUCCUGCUGACUGUCAACGAGUCCUACAUCAAGAAAAUGGCUGCCGAAGCUACGCAGUGGCAGAAGUCUGGCGCCGCGCCUCCUUCGGGUUCUGCAGUGAGUACAGCCCCAGCACCCAAACCUAUGGCCAAGAUGUCAAAGAAUAAAAAGAAGAAGAUGAAGAAGAAGCAAAAGAAGCAGGCAGAGCUGCUGGAGAAGAGGAUCCAGGAGAUGGAGGGAGGCGCAACACCUGAAGGAGGAGAGGAGGAGGAUGACGAAGAGACGACGACAACAACAGAGACCACUGAAGAUACGACUUCCUUAGCCACCCUCUCUAUGUCUGCCACACUGCAAGACAUUGCUAGCCAUACUAUCACAGACUCUACUCCGGACGAGCAGCCCCAGCAGAUGCCGGAGGUAAAUGAGCGAAGAGAUGAUACUGCAGUAGGGGAGAACAGGAUGGAGGUGAACUGCAACGGCCACGCCUCCACACCGGAGAGCGAGAGCAGCCUAGAGGUACAAGGGACCAAGCCGUCGACAGAGGAGCAAGAGGACCAACUGAAUGCAAACCGACCAGAAAGUAACGCGGAGACAGAGGACACGUUAGGUUUCAAAGAAGAGCACCAGACCUGUAAUGGUUUGCCCGGUGACACCGACCUGCAGCAGCUCCCUGCCUCUCUCGGCCCAGACUCUGUCACUGUGGAGCUAAAGGAGGGAGACGAGGAGGAGAAGAAGGGGGAGGAGAUGGACACUCGAGGGGAGACCAAAAGAGGAGAGGAUGAAGAAGACGACCAGAAUGGAGCAUCAGGAAAUAUGUUAGUAAACCCCCUGGAGCCCAUUAAUGCUGACAAGCUGCAGGUUAAGAUUGCUGACUUGGGCAACGCCUGCUGGGUGCACAAACAUUUCACAGAUGACAUCCAGACGCGGCAGUAUCGUUCUCUUGAGGUGCUGACAGGAGCUGGCUACAGUACACCAGCUGACAUCUGGAGCACAGCCUGCAUGGCAUUCGAGCUUGCCACUGGAGAUUAUCUGUUUGAACCGCACUCUGGAGAAGACUACUCCAGAGAUGAAGAUCACAUAGCGCUGAUCAUCGAGCUGCUGGGUAAAGUUCCUCGGAAGCUGAUCUUGGCGGGCAAAUACUCCAAGGAGUUUUUUACCAAGAAAGGUGACCUGCGUCACAUCACCAAGCUGAAGCCGUGGGCUUUAUUUGACGUGUUGGUAGAAAAGUACGAGUGGUCCAAAGACGAGGCGCACACGUUCAGCAGCUUCCUGCUGCCAAUGCUGGACCUGGUGCCUGAAAGGAGGGCCACGGCAGCCCAGUGCCUCUCCCAUCCAUGGCUCACAACCUAGACACCAUUUGACACACCUCCACCCUCCCAUAUUGUGAAAGUAAAAAUUAGGUUUGAAGAUCCUGGGCUAACAAACACAUUCAUGUCUGCAAUACCCUGUGACUGCAUCGUGGCUGCAUCCACCUGUCAUGGCUCUCAGAGGCUACCCACACACACACUUCCAUAAACACAAGAAAAAGAGAAAGUGCUGCUGAGUCUUUGUCCUGAUUUGGAUUACACUGGUGAUAGAAGGAACUCUUGGUCUUCUCCCUGUAUUUAUGACUUUUUUCUUUUCUCUUUUUUUUUUACUGGCUGCAUAGGACUUAAUGACCUUUCUCUUCUUUUUUCUGACUCCAACUCUUUCUCUACAGCACACUCUUAUCUGUAUUUUUAGCUCUAGAUAAUGGACUCUGUUGGAUUUAAAAUGAAGCUGCACUUGUCUACAGAUGCAGAAGGGCAGCAGGACGUUAAAUGGACACAAAGAUUGCCAUCAAAGCCACAUACUGAAUUUAAUAAGCCAAAUCUGUCUGUCGGUCAUCAUAUUAGCUGUGCCAGCUUUUAUGCCUUUGGCUGUCAAAUGUGUGCAAAGUGCUCAGAAUUAAUCACUGCAUAAUGCUAACAGGCAUGGUGAGAGACUAAUAACGUUCUUAGCACUGUUAGCUUUAACCUAAAACCUUUUGUACAUUUGUAUACAGGCGGGACUACAUGAUCAGAAACAUACAUUUCAUAUACAUUUUAAAAAUUGUGCCCCAUGUCAGGAAAGAGACUCAUCUUGAAAUCAAACUGUAUUUUUCAGGAAAAUGUGUGAUCUCAGAUUUUUUCAAGUGUUGUUAGGUGGUGUUCAUUUCAGCAUCAUCUUAUGUUGUCUUAAAAAAAAAAGCACUUGGUACAAUAUAUUGUGAAAAUUGUGUUUCAUACCUGGAUCACUUUGUGUAUCAUUUCUCACAUUAGGUCAAAUCAAACUAUAUGUGAAUCCACAUCCAGAGUACAGUACAGUGUACCAAAGAGUCGGCCUUUAGUCUCUUUGUCUUUGUACGGUUUCUAGAUGAGACUGUCAGCAGUGCAGAUUUAGAGGCGCGAGCUGAAAGGUUUGAGCAUUUUGUUUUUAUACUUUUUGGAAAUGCCUCGACGAUUGUUCAGCUGAAUUCAAGAUGUAUGAAAAUGAAUGCUUCGUUUCGAGUGCACUGCACAUGGAGAUGUUUGAUUUGAAAAUAACUGAUUGUACUAAAAACAAAUGCUACAAUGCUUUGAAUCCCUUCAGAACCAUUUUGCUUGUUUUUCUACAAAGUCUGCCCUCUUAAUUUGAUUGUUCAUUUCAUUUUUCUGUAGGUAAUAAGAAUAAACAUUUUUCAAAAUCUAA